UUCGUUGACUGUAAUACAAGCGUACACGUUAGCGACGCGCUUUCCCUAGGUUGCAACGUUAGUCAACCGUUACGUUGGGACUGAGGACUAGAAACGCAUGGAUGCAGACGCGCAGGAAGAUAUUUUCGCCAGGGGGUGCGGAGUUACGGUCCACGUAGGCUAUAGUUUAUAUAAUUCUAAAGAAACUAUGUUACACUGUAUUCUGCAGUCCACUCACAAACUUGUUCGUCAUUGUCGUGUCUGGCUCUGUGAGUGUGCGUGCAUGCUAUGUGCGUAGGCUGGAUAAAUCUGAUUGCCCAAUCAGCCAACCAAGUCAGUCUCGUUUGUGUUUAAUUUGUUGUGUUCCUACAAAGCUCUUGCCUUUUGUCACAUGCACAGAGCUUAAUGCAAAUUUGUUUGAAAUUAAAUUACAUUUUUUGUUUUACAUAUUGCUUUUGUUGUACAACUUGUGAAGAAAUGUGUUAGGAGUGCAUCUCUUUCUCUCCCUCACUCACUCACGCAUUCUAACCAGCCGCGUGCCGUCCAUAUGGGCAGGUGGGGCGGCGAACUCCCUGCAAAAGCAUGCUCCAAAAAAAAAUUGUUCCUCAGUAAAUCAUUGCUCCAAGUUUAUUUUUAAUAAUGUGAUUGUCACAUUAACUAUCUAUAGUUUCUGUAGGCUUUCCGACUAUUUUUGGUCUGUUGAUAUCAAAUUGAUGGUGGCGAUUCUAGUUGAGUUUAACGAGUCAUGCAAUGUGGGUCGGCGGAGCUCAACGACCGCGUCCCUCCGUAUGUUUCUCGCAUAACCCUGCAGGCUGCAAUAAGAAUUGCAAUCAGUAUUCAAAUUGCAUACCUGAUUUCAUACCUGAUUUAAACAGCUGUUAUUGAGUAAUAUCUGAUUUCAAAAAUGUUGUUAUUAAGAGAUUUGCACACAUCGUCGGGCCAAGUUCCAAAUCGAAGGUCUGCUUGAUUGAUGACUUGUGUUUCUACUUUUCAUGUAUUUGCAAUGCACUAGCUAAGCCUGUUGUUAAAAUAAAAUAUGGAAGAAAUAACUUCCCUAUAAGGGACAUCAUAUGACGAGUGUAGCGGAUGGCACUUCAAAAGCGUGCAGUAACAUUAGGCUAUUAGUUUAUUUUCAGGAUUUGAUCAGUUAAUAAGUUAAUCAGUAACGUUAAUUUGAUCAGUUAAUCAGUAACGUAGCCGUAUUAUUCUUAUGAUAAUCUUUGCUGUGAUUAAUCCAUGUUUUUUAAUGCAAAAACGAGAAUAUGAAGAUAUGGUUUCAUAAACUCAACAUUAAUGUGGUGCAUGGUGAUUUAACCCUGUUUAAUUUAUGUCCCACAUCGGUCCAACACGCCAUUCAUAGGGAUUUAUAUUUGCCUCUCUCGGCUUGUCGUCAGUUUUCCUCCUCAGUGUCCAUCACUGAACCAGCAGACUACCUUCCUCUCAUCAUAGAGUCAUGGAGACGACAAGCAACAACGUUUUCAUCCAUGGGAAGAACAUAUCCCACAAAACAAUUCCGUCUUCUGUCGUGCAACAUAUGUCCAUUGACAAGCUGUUCCCUGCUCUCGUUGAGUGUUUUGGCAUCAUCUUGUGUGGAUAUAUAGCUAGCAGGGCCACUAUCAUCACAGGCAGCCAGGCCAAGGGACUGGGGAACUUUGUGUCCAAAUUCGCAUUACCUGCCCUUCUCUUUAAGAACAUGGUCUUGCUAGACUUUGGAGAUGUUAUCUGGGCAUUUCUAUGGAGCAUAUUGAUAGCUAAGGUGACGGUGUUUGCUUUGGUAUGCACUCUGACACUGAUGGUAGCCAGCCCAGACACCAGAUACAGCAAGGCUGGUCUGUACGCCAUCUUUGCUACGCAAAGCAAUGACUUUGCAUUAGGAUACCCAAUAGUGGAUGCUCUGUACAGAACUACAUAUCCAGAGUAUCUCCAGUAUAUAUACCUGGUAGCGCCCGUCUCCCUCAUGUUUCUCAAUCCCAUCGGUUUUGCACUGUGUGAGGUGCAGAGGUGGAGACAAACCAGUGGACCACAGCGCAGAACCCUUUCUAUUCUGGGAGUUGUAGUUUUACAGGUGUUGACAAACCCCAUAGUGUUCAUGGUGGUGGUGGGCUUGGUGUCCCACUUCGCUCUGGGCCAGAAGAUCCCUCUGGUUCUGGUGCAGUUCAUCGACGGGCUGGCGGACUCCUUUGGGGGAGCAGCUCUGUUCUACCUGACCAUGGUGGAGCAACUAAGAAAGCUAACUAGGGACUCUGGAGUGGCCCUGAUAGUUUUGAUCACAGCCAAACUCCUGGUCAUGCCCCUGAUCUGUAAGGAGAUGGUGGAGCUGCUGGACGGUGGCGCGGCUGACAGCAGCAGAGCCAACCAUAGCAGCUUGUCUAACUUUGCCUUCCUGUAUGGGGUGUUCCCCACGGCACCCAACGUAGCUCUCUACGCCUCCCAAUUCAACAUGGAGCUGGAGGUGGUGAGUAGCCUCCAUCACUCAGCUUCUAUCUACGCCUCCCAAUUCAAGAUGGAGCUGGAGGUGACUAAUGAAUUGAUUCAGCUAUUCCCCCAGAAGUCUGGGGUCAAAAGGUCAAAAGGAGCCGGCACCACGCCGCUUAUGAGUCAAAAGUUAAUGUGUAUUUCUCUCAUACAUUUUGUCAUUAUUAAAGAGAGGCCUGAUUCUCAGAUAUGCAGGUUGGAUGGCUACGGUGUAGGUCUGGGAAUAACUUCAGGCCAAAAUCUUGCAAGCGAGCCGCUGGGUGCAGGUGCAACGAGAUGGAGCACUUGCUGAGUCAUUUCCUGUAGGACCGGAGCCACAGGUUGAAGCGUAUGCGUCCUUUGAGACCCCCUUUGAUAUAUAAGAGACCUCAAAGUAAAGCUUACUUAAAUGUCGUCGACCCAGUCACCUAUUGCAUCACUUCCUUUAGGGCUUCGGCCUCCUAAUUGAUCAUUGUAGUAUAAUUGAAUGCCCUCUUUCAUAUAUAUGAUACCUCCACCACUGGGACGUGGCAACAAUUCUCCAAAUCCAUAUGGGGAGGGGGGGGGGUGAUGCUUGUGGACAGUAGGGUUGUACACUAGACAUAAAUAGGAAGAAAACUCAGGAGAAGGAAUGACCUCUCAUAAAUAUUUAUUUAAUAAAUUGUUUCAAAUAACCCUGCCUCGUUAAAUCAAUGAGCUUGGUGUUUUGCUUUCAAAAAUAGGUUAUAGAAGAAGUCUAAACUGCAGAAAAUAAAAACAUCCAAGCUGCCUUUUAAGGAUACCUUGGAAUAUCCGUCUAUUUUUUAACCAUCGGACACUAGUUUACGACAAAAACAACACAAAUUACGGCAGCUCAUUUGCCGCGUGGUUUUUAGAGCCAUGUAAGGAUUAGAGGGGCUGGUGGAUAGCAACCACCAUAGCAACCAUGACGGUCAAGUGACUGGAUUCAGCCCCGUUGAAAAAAAUAGAAUACCACCCUCAGGAGAUUAAUGAUAUUUAAAUGAUUAUGACCAUGAAGUCUUUAUUUGCAUGGGUUUACAUUUCGUUCUGUGUAGCAUGGAAAAAUCGGAGAAACACUCCCAUUCGGAAUGCAUUGGUUUACAUUUCUUUCUUUGGAGCACAGUUAUUUUUAUUUAUUUUCAGUUUUUGAGGAG